GCGGGGGAGACAAACAUGUCUUCCAGCGAAGGUGAUGACCCUGAUAUGGUCGUCAUUCCCAUUGACAGCUUUGUCAGUGAUGGGGAUAUGAACACGUGGCCCGCAGGCCUCCCAUAUGCUGAACGCAGUGACCGAGGUUGGCGCGAGAAGCUAGCCACGAAUUGGCUCAAGGAGAUGGAUUCUCUGGAAGAAGGCGCAAGUUACAUUCUAGACAAGCUUCCUGAAGGAUACUGUCUGUUUGACAAAGCCAACACCAAGAAUCCCCGACAGCGCAACCCAGCUUUGUUUGGUCAUCCUAGUGGCAGGUUCUUCCCAUCACAAAAAGCAUUCCUCGAACAUUUUCUUGCCUUAGUGCGCGGGACGAAGGAUACUUGUGCAUGCCCUCCUUGCCAAUCCAUGUCUUCUCGUGCAGGUGCAGUGCCUGGUCGGAAACCGGGCAGGCCCUUCAAAACAAUCAAGGCAGAUCCAAUCGAGCAGCCAGCUGUGGAUUCGCGCCUCCCUGCUGAUGAAGAAGGCCCUGACUACUGGAAGAUCCUAGUAAUGAAGUUGAAGGAAAAAGGCCAAGUCGACGAAGCCAUCACCCAACGUUCCAAUAUGGACUGGUAUCUCACCCACGAGGCUCUCUCGGACUACUUCAUGAAAUUACUCAUCGACCCCGCCUACGUCCCUCGGCGCGGUGAGAUUGUUCUGUGGGUGUGGUCCGGCUUAGACGAUGGGGAACUCAUGCCCAAUCCCCAGACUGGUAUGCUUGAAAUCUUCGGCAAUGAUCAGAAAUGGCAUGGCCCCCCUCAGUGGCGCGCAGGCGUGGUCACUCAGACUCCCAACGACGAAGUCCACAUGGUCCACAUCAUUGAAAGCCCCGUUACCGUACAGGGGCUGAGCUACUCUGGGUUCCGUGUUGAGACUCUACCAGACCCACUGGGCGACGACAAGUCUUUCUCCCGUCAAUAUUCAUAUGUCCCUCUGCGCAGCAUCAAGCCUUUCAACUCGUGGCGAAACUUCCUCGGUGGUCUCAAGCGGAUGGACGUCCAUCCUUCAAUUGAGAAUGCCUUGACCAUCAUGUCCUCCUGGAGUCUAGUGCACAAGUUCCACGCCAAGGGUCAAUGGGCCACUGGCGCAGAGCACCCCUCGCUCAGCAUUUCGUGCAAAGGUAUCUUCAUCGGCGCCGAGCUCCUAGCCGUGCACGAUACAAUUCGCCUGAAGCCACAAGGCUAUCGAUAUAACGUGCACAAGGCCACCGGUGCUAGCAAAGUGACGGACGUAAUGGUCAUCGAGGGUAUCACGCUCAAUCUCACCGACUGCAUCGAUAACACCGAGGACGAGCAGCUUGCUGAACAUUACACGGCUUUGCUGACUGGUAAAAUGUUCACCACAAAUCCCAACCGCGGUGCACACGGGGGACCGUUCGCGAAGAUCGACCCAACCCCGCUGACCAGCGAGGAAGCAACCGCGACCUUCCGACAAGUAGGAAUGAGCGACUACGGCCCGUGGUAUCGCAUGGCCGAAGGAAAAACCUGCAAUAUCUCUCCGCACCACGUUAUCGGUCGCUGCUACGAGCCUCUCGCAGCUGAGCUCAUGUUCGGCUCACACACAUUCGGCUACGAUCUAGCAAGUGUCAUGGAAGGCCGAAACUUCUCCGAACAAGUGGAUGUACGCAUGCCGGAAGGAAAUACAUGGUUCUGGGGCGACAACCGCGUUGAAACGCUAGGCGUGACCGAAAUCAAUGGAAUCGAGUGCGGGAUCUCAGCGUCACAACGCGAAUCUCCUGAGCGAUGGCAAGCGUUGAUCAAAAUCGUCCAAGGAGAAGGCAGUGCGAAGCUUCGAAAGAUUGCCGGGAUUCCUUCUUCUGCUGGUCGGCCGCAUGGAGCCAAGAAUCGAUCUGAUAGCUCUGCGAGUGGAUUUGCGAGAGUUGCUUCAAUUAGCAAGAUGGUGAGUUCCGCUAUUGGAGGUUUACCUGAUGAGACUUCGAAUGAGGAUAGUGAAAUGACGGAUGAUAAUGCUGCGUUUGGGAUGGGUGAGCUGGAGCUUGCGCGAGCGAUCAAGAGCGAUAGCGAGGACGAAGAUUAUUCUUGA